AAAUCAAUUUAGUUGUUUCGACGGUACCAGAAUUCCCUCGUCAGACCUUUGUGACGGGGUUAUGAACUGCCCGGAUGGUUCAGACGAGACGCUGCAUUCCUGCGCUGGCAAGAAGUGCAGGGGAAACUUAUUCCAAUGCUUGUAUGGCGCUUGUGUUGACCAGGAUGCUGAUUGUAACGGGAUCCAAGAAUGCGCGGAUGGAUCGGACGAGGAUAAACAAUUGUGUUCUAAUAAUGAUACAGAGCCAGACAUCAAUAACAGAUUUAAUGUCGACAAACCGUGCAUACUGCCUCCGUACCCCAAUCAUGGCUCCUAUGAGGUGGCUGACGAGAAAAAUGCAAGUCCUAACGACGUGUUCUCGUCUGUCCAUCUGACUGUAACUUGUGACGAAGGUUACGCCGUGGCUGGAGACCCGAAGAUCUACUGCAACAAUGGAAACUGGUCGCAUCGAAAUAUAGGGUCUAUAUGCGUUAAACAUUGCACGUUGACACCAGAGCCUUCAGUGACUUAUUACUGCUUGGAAAGCAAUAACGUUGAGGGUCGGCGCCUUUGCAGAAACCAGGAGCCCGAAGGAACCCAGGUUCAACCAGAAUGCAAGCCCAAUUACUACAUAAGAGAUGUCAGCUCCACGAAAAUGAUUUGCAUCGAUGGUAUUUGGUCCCCGAAGGUUACAUGCGUUCCAGAAUGCGGUCGCCUAACUCCAAAGGGCAGCGGUCUGGCUAUAGGAGGGCGAUAUGCCAUUCAAGCAGAGAUAUCUUGGCACGCUGGAGUCUACAAGAAGAAGGAAUCGCGGUACGAGCAAAUCUGUGGAGGAUCUGUGAUAAACAACAACUUUAUAAUAACUGCUGCACAUUGCUUCUGGGAUGAGCGGCUAUAUAAGGUGGCGGAUCCUAGCUUAUUCGCAGUCGCUGUCGCCAAAUAUUAUCGAGAUUGGGAUCACGAAAAUGACAAAGACGCGCAAAAAUCGGACGUAGAACAGAUCCAUGUGCCGCCUCUAUACGAAGAUAUGUAUGGUAACUUCGAUCGGGACAUUGCUCUGGUAAAACUAAAAACUCCCAUAGAGUACACGGUAUAUCUGAGGCCUAUCUGUCUCGAUUUCAGUGAAGAUUUCGAAGAGAAACAAUUAAAGCCAAAUAGUUUAGGAAAAGUAGCUGGUUGGGGCUACACAACUCCGGAGGGGGAUUAUCCACAUGCCUUGAAAGUUGUGGAUUUACCGUACGUACCUCCAGUGCAGUGUAGAAUGGUGACUCCGGAUAACUUCAGAGAAUUGCUUACAUCGGACAAAAUUUGCGCCGGCUUUAGUAACGAUGCUAUUACAUCAUGCCCGGCCCCCGGUUGCGACAGUCGUUGUAGGAUGCAGGCGCAGCAGAGGAUCCGCGCCCCGGUGACGCGCGUCUGCGCGCAAACUGUAGACGCGCGCGAGCGCUUCGCUUCCAGAUCCCACGGCGGAACAGCAACACUGUGCAAAGGUGACAGUGGGGGCGUCUUGGCGUUCCCAGAAAAGGUGCGUGGCGUAUGGCGCUACUACGUAAGAGGAAUUACGUCUUCAGCACCUAAUCCUAAAGAAGGCGCCAAAUGUAACAGAUUAGCGGGCGCCCUCCAGCAGAGGACUGACGAUAUCCGCAGGGUGGAUGGUAGUGGUUGGAUGAGAAGAGCUGAACAUCGAGCUCAGUGGCGUGCAAUUGGGGAGGUCUAUGUCCAGCAGUGGACGACAACAGCCUGA